CUUCUUGGAUCCUAGCCACAGUGUUUGAAUUCUGUAUGUAUGUAUAAUGCAACAGUUGUACUCAAUCAGUGGAUCCUGUAGGUUCCAGUCUUCUUUUUACAUAACCUCUGAAAUAACGGUUGUCCUAACGACAACUUGUUAGACGCAAAUAGUGACAGAGUAAAUAAAAAGUAAUGUAAUUUGCUGAAAGGAAAGAUAAGUAAACAUUUGACGAUAUUUUUUCCUGCCAAGCAACUUUCACUCUAAUUAUUGUUUAUAAAAGGACGCUAUCAACAAUGGCAGAGAUAGUUACUGAUAACAAUGUGGAUGAUUGUCCCCUAUUGAAAAAAGCUAAAAUAGACAAUAAUGAUGUGUCUGAAAAAAUAAAAAAUAUACAUGAAAAUGAGGUUUCUUUACCUGUUUUCAAUUUAAACAAAGUAUUACAAACUAAUUGUGUGAGAAAACAAAUAUGCGUUGAAGGUAGUUUUGAAGGUUAUGACGGUUCAGCUGUUAUGAUAUUGGAAAAACAAAAUUUUGCAGAUGAUCAGAAAGCUUUGAAAGAAUUUUUUAGUAAAGAUACAGUUUUCCAAAAAUUGUAUAGUAAUACGAUUUACGGAAAUUAUGAAUGUUUUCCAGCAAAGAAAUACAGUGGUAUAAAUGCAAUGGUCAUACAUCCUGCAACACAGAAACACAUAGAAAAGUUUACAAAAAAAGAACUUUAUAUGAUAGAUGAAACAUAUGAACUUUAUCAAAAAGUUACUGUCCCAUAUAUAGAAUCAAGCAGCUUUUCUACAGAUUGGAUACAUAAUAUUUUGGAACACAAAGCAGAACAAGAUAAAAUUGUUUAUGAGGAUAGAAGUGAAAAAACUGGAUUUGUUUUGGUGAAUGAUUUAAAAUGGGAUGGUCAAUUAAACACGUUAAAAUUGAUAGCACUCCCAUUACAAAAGAUCAAAUCAAUAAGGGAAUUAAAUGCAUCACACCUUCCACUAUUAAAAAAUAUAAGAGAUGCUGGAAUAGCAGCAAUUGCUAAAAAAUUUAAUUUAUCCGCUUCUCAGCUUAGGAUAUAUUUACAUUAUCAACCAUCAUAUUAUUACUUACAUGUUCAUUUUGCAUACCUUAUGUACGAAGCACCAGGAAUAUUUGUAGAAAAGGCACAUCUUUUAUCUGUGGUUAUAAGUAAUCUUGAGUUAAUGUCAGAUUACUAUAAGAAAACUGUACUCUCAUAUGUAGUUGCAGAAGGUGAUCCUCUGUAUAUUAAAUUUAAGGAAGAAGGAGUUUUAGCUGAAGUGAAAUCUAAAACCAAUGAAGUUGAAAAACAGUGCAUUUAAUAUGGGAACAAAAAUGUACAAAUUGAAAAAUAGAAGAGAAUUAACAUUAUUAUAUGGAAUUGUAAUUCAGUGAUAGUAAACCAUUACAGCUACAUAAUGCAUAAUUUUAAUAUAAAAAACUAAAGAAAUUUUUCAUCGACGGAUGUAAAUAUUUAGACGGAUUUUUCUUGUAAUAUAUCACCAUGAACUAAGAAAAUCGUAUAACGUAAAGUAUUUAUGUUUAUUCAUCAUAUAAAUAAAUAGGAAAUAUAUGUACAUGUAUAUAUGCGCAUAUAUUUUGUAAACUACAGUAUCAAUAUUGUUUAAACGAAAGAGGUACAAAUAGAAAAUACUUUCUUUAUGUUGUUAACCCAUUGUGUUUGGCAUUGAAUUUAUUAUUUAUACCAGUAUGUAUUUCUUCCAUUUAUAGAAAUAUCUAAUAAAUGGGGAAAAAUUUAUUUAGCGGUAUUUAACUGAAAACAAUAACAAUGUGCAUUUCACAACAUAAUAUUUAAUCAGCCCAAAUAGAUUAAAAUUUUGUUUUGAUUUCAUAAUAUAAAUUAAUGGGUAAGGUAGAAAGUCGGCGAAGAAUGAACGAAUGACGAUUAUAUGUACACGUGACAAUUUAAUUAUAUUAAUUGUAAUAUAUAAAUUAUACACGUGUCAUUUUACAAUAUUUAUUUUAAUAAAUAUUUCUAUCGUAUAAAUGGUGGUACAUAGUACACAAUGAAGAGUCAUUAAGUACUAAUACCGAAGAAGUACCUAGUUCCUUUCCUUUCGUUUAAAAUUUUACAGCGUAAAAGGAAAGUAUAGAAUUAUUUACAAAAAAUGUAACAAGAUUGGGAUAUUAGCUUUUUUUUAUACAUACUAAAAUAUCAUAUUUUAUUAUGUGUGAAAAUAUUAUGAAACAUUUAAGUUUUUAUAUACGCACGAUUAUUCAAAAUCGUAAUUCACUGUGCUGCAAUUAAAAGGGUAUAAAUUACGUUCAAACUUCCAGCUUCAUGCAGUAAAAACAGGAAGAGGUAUCAUAAUGAUAAAUUAAGAGAAAACUGAAUAGAAUCGUACAAAAUCAAACAGAUUGGAAGAAUAGAUGAACUACCAAUACAAAAACGAUUCUUCCAUUGUGGCAAACGUUUUUUAUGAAAUGAUAGUUAAAAGUUAUGCAUUUUGUUACUCAGAAUAAAAUCUGUAUUCUAUUCUGGUCGUAUAUAUACGUCCUUUACCAUUGUUAUAUUAUUAGAGAGUACUCUUCAGGAUGUAUAUAUACGUAUUUCAAAAUGAAAGGGUAACAACGUUAAUUGAUACUCAUGUAUAUACGUCCUUUAUCACUGAUAACCAAUUUUUGUUACGCAUACUUACAAAUAAUUUUCAGGACGUAUAUAUACGUAUUUUAAAGCAGAAAGAUUACAACCUCACUCGAUGUAUAAAAAACUUAAUUUGUUUAGGACCUAGUGUCAAUUAAGUAAUUACAGAAACGUUACGAACAAUAUAAGUACAUUUCAAAAUAUUAAGCAUACUCAAUCUGGCGGAUAUAGUACGAUCGUAAUACAACGCUUGGCGAUAUAAUUCGUGGUGAUAUAACAGGCUUUAAGUUACAACUGCACUACAUCUUUCAGAUUGAGUAUACAAAUUUAACACUCUGACGGCAGAGGAUCAUUUAGAUGGUUUAUUAAUAUUUAAGAACUAAUUAAGAAAACAUGUCAUGUAACUUUCAUACUUUCUUUUCUUUUUAACAGAUCCUUGCAAACCGUCAAAGUGUUAAUCUUAAACAAAAAGAAAAUUUGUAUUAAUUGAGCAGUCGACAAAAACUCGUAGAAGUACCUUUUGUAGUAUGUCUCGUAUACUUUUGGGAUUCGUCGUGAUUAUGACAAUUGUGACAAUUAUGGAAAAAUGGACAUUCAUGUGUGUUGUUACAUGCACACGUAUUAAGAAUGUGUUCAUCGUCUGUAUGAAAUUUGUUCUUUCAUAGUUUCAUAAAAGUUUGCUUAAAUAAAUAGCAAAAGUUCGAUUGUUCUUAAUAAGCUAUGCACAUUUACAGGGACUAGACGAAUUUCGGUAAUAUCGAGUAACUUCACUCGAACUAAAGGAAUUGAAUAGUUGAUGAAUGAAUAAUGUAACAUUAAAAAAGGAAAAAGAAUGAGAUUUUUAAUAGCACUUAUAUGUAAGCAGAGAAGGGCAUUUGCGUGCAUUGUCAGUACAUUAUGAGAUGACAAAUACAGUUUUGUGUAAUUGCUCGAAGAUUCAUUCAGAAUUUUACAGAACAAAUGUUGUAUAAGAACAGAAUAUAAGAAAUAUUCUUGGUUAAAGACAAUUUGUCACUGUUCACAAAAAAUAUUUUAAUCCAAAUUUCUGUUCACCUUAUUGCAAGUUUUCAUUUAUUUCAGUAAGAAUUUUAUACUCUUUCAUUGUAACAAUUUCUUAAACGUGUUUAAAUUUUGGAACAUAAUAAAAGAACAUUACAACAAUAUAUAAACAAAAUUGUUAUGCAGCAAUAAAUAACACAAGCAUUCACCAGUAUCAAAAUGAUCCAAUGAAAGCAUACGUUUGUUCAAAUAAUUUUUGCUCGAAACCACUUUAUGAUAAAACAUAUUUCGCCUUAAUAAAGGUAAACAACCGACAGAUCAUUUCAUUAAUUGUUUUACUAUCUUAAUGUUUUGUGAAAAAAAGUAUGUACAGUAUUACAUAUACAUUCCUGGGAUAUGGUUAUAAAAAUACAAUAAACAUCUUGCUUCGUUACGCUUGUUCAUUGUUUCAUUGUCAGCUUGUUACAUUGUUCUGUAUGAAUUUUAUUAUCAAUGAAUGUACAGAAAUAUAUUAACAAGAAUGAUUAUGUGCAUCAAUAUGUGAUCAAAGAGCGUUACAAUUCAUAACAUUGUUAACUACAAUGUAAUAUUAUAAAGUAAUUUUCAAUUUUAUGUUUGAAAAGAAGUUUCUAUUCGUAACAAACUUUUAAUAUCCAUUUAAUCUUUUAACAAAAGUACAUUGUACAACAAAAAGCAAUAGUUAUUGUCAUUAAAAUAUGCUUCCUGGUAUAAUCGAAAUAGUUAAUGACAAGCUCACUGUAAAAUAUAAUUCCUUGCUGAUUGUAAAACGUAGUUGUUACUCAAUCACGUUAAGCGUAAGAAGCGCCUUUUCAUCAAGUUUACAUUCUAUCGUGAAACGUAAAUGACUAAUUGUUCUUACAAGCAAUUAAAUGUACGCGUAUAUGCUACAACAGUUAGGUGAACAUAUACAACAUGAAUAUAAAUGUAUGUGUGAUAACGCAAUGUGCAAAUGUGUGUGUGUGUAAUGUAUGCCUAUGAUAUAUCACAUUAACUCAAUAUAAACAAUAUUAAUUAAUUAAAUAGCAAGAGUAUAUUUGUUCAUGAAACCAGCCUUAUAACGGAAUCAAAUCCAUAAUAAGUAUAUUAGCCGCGAACACUACAGCAUUUCCUGAUCAGGUACUUAACGUAUAUAUAUUUUAAUGUGAUGUAUUAAAAAAAAAAAAAUUUUUUUUGAAACAA